GACGAUCGAUGUAGUGGCGUGGAGAACGGCGACUGCAAGCUGUAAACGUUGACUUAAAGUUCCCAUGCAAUCGUCGUCUUCAGACAAGACCAUGUGUAUGCAAUGAUCUCGGUAAGAGCCAGAGAGCGAGUCCCCCCGCCGGGAUGCAAUUGUCAGCACCAAGAGCAGGAUAGUUACCUGGGCUCCGUGCCUAGGUCGGUAGGUAGUCAAGGUUAUUGAGCUAACCUGAGGGUUGUUAUUUACCCGGUUUGGCCUUUUUGUAACCGUACGGACCUCUUCCUGACAGCACAACAGUUAGACAAUUUCUUUUUCACAGCAUCUACAUUUUGUCAUCUCGACAGCACCAGGCAUUGACUUUGGCACUUGCCUAGCCUUCCUCGGCUUUUCACCGGGCUUCCUAACUCAAUUGAGUGAUGGAAGCACUGAGUAUUUUGGGCUCUUGGAGAGCAACAACGGGGACAAGCCAACGAGAACGCGAGCCCGAAAACUCAGAUGCCCAAAACUAAGUGUGUGAACAGACAAACAACCUUGAUCCCAGGCUUAGGCUCAAGCUCAGGCUCGGGCUCGGGCUCGGGCUCAGGCCUUGGGCUGCGAACGGGUCCACUGGGGUAGUCGUUGAUACCAGAGCGGGAUGUUGAGGUACGUAUCUAUGAAGCGAUUCUAGUUUACGGAGUAGAUUUGGCGGAGAUGGAGUCUUUCAGGCUUCGAUGUCAGGGACAGGGACCUCGUGAAUUCGAGGCGAAUAGUCCCAGACUAAGGCCAAGAGGGCUGUCAGACCCGAGCUAGAAUGUUCAACCGUGCUGGGUUUUGAAUCAUGAGGCUCUGCAACCAUGUGCCCACUGAACAGAUCGGUACAAGAUUGACGCUAAGAAUGAGAGAGAGUUUUGGCGUGGUAACGUUGGCUUUGGCUUUGGCUUUGGCUUUGGCGUUAACUGGCGCGAUGGUGGGUAGUGUAGUCUGGCGGACAAUGACGUCUCGCUUUGGGCUUGUCUGGCUUUUAGAGUUUUGUUCUGCGCCGAGUCCUGUUAUCGUUGCUUGUGGCAAAUGGAAAAGCGUCAGUGUUGCAAUAAUAAUUGAUAGUGACAAGGAACAAGAACUUGGACAGAUCAAGCUCAUAAGUUGUUGCUGUGAGUGAAGGAUGGAAUGCGGAAGACGGCUGCCUCUCUCCCUCGCCCUCUUUGGCACCUAGCUGUCGUUGGGUGCUGUGUAGAUCUGGGUGGCUAGACGAGUAGAAACCAAGGAGACACAGACAAGGCUAGACCCGGCCGUAGGGCGGCUCGUUGAAGCCUUGCCAGAUUAUUGAUGUUCUGUGACUGUGUUAAGAAUAAAUCGACGAUCUGCGUUUGGUCUUUGGCUUUGGUGAAGUGUAAGUGAUGUUGUUUCUCUGAGAUAUCUGAUAUUUCACUUUUAAAAAGACAC